GCAUUUUGCUUUAUUUCUUAGCCAGCCUCUUCCAAUAAAAGGUCCCUUGCGGACUUGUUCUACCAUGAGCUGAGCUCGAAGCGACUGAUUUCUCAACUUCAAAAUGUCUGUCAUUCUCUGCACAGCUGGAUAUGAUCAUACUAUUAGAUUCUGGGAAGCUUUAUCGGGUAUCUGUUCACGAACAAUCCAACAUCCCGACUCCCAGGUAAAUCGCCUCUGCAUAUCCCCCGACAAGCGGUACCUUGCCGCCGCUGGCCACCACACCGUCAAGCUCUACGAUAUUAAAUCGACGAACCCGAACCCGCUCUUGACUUUCGAGGGACAUACCGGCAAUAUCACGGGCGUGGCCUUUCACUGCGAGGGGAAAUGGAUGGUUACUAGCUCCGAAGAUGGCACUGUCAAAAUAUGGGAAACGAGGACUGGCACAAUUCAGCGAAGCUAUAACCAUGGCUGCCCAGCGAACGAUGUCGUAAUCCACCCGAAUCAGGGUGAGAUUAUUAGUUGCGACAGGUCUGGAAGUGUCAGGGUGUGGGAUUUGGCUGAGAACAAUUGUUCCCAUGAGCUCAUCCCAGAGGAAGACGUCUCAGUCUCUAGCGUCACCGUAGCCAGCGAUGGUUCCCUACUAUGCGCCGCCAAUAAUGCCGGCAACGUAUUUGUGUGGAAUCUUAUCCAGAGUUUCGAUCGCACACAGCUUGUGCCUGUCACCCACUUUAACGCCCACAAGGAAUACAUCACUCGUAUCCUACUAUCACCGGAUGUCAAGAAGCUCGCAACCUGCAGCGCAGACCACACAGCCAAGAUAUGGGAAGUUAAGAACAUCGAGCCCACCCCAGACCAGGAGCCCAAGCCUUAUCCUUUAGAGGCCACCCUCACCGGUCACCAGCGCUGGGUAUGGGACUGCGCUUUCAGCGCCGACUCGGCGUACCUGGUAACUGCAUGCUCCGAUCACUACGCACGACUAUGGGAGCUGCACAGUCAGCAAAUCAUUCGGCAGUACAACGGACACCACAGAGGCGCCGUUUGUGUUGCUCUUAAUGAUUACUCAGAAACGCGGUAAUGUGGCUAAAUGGGGAUGAUAUAGGACUAUAUUCAAGCCUACGGCUGGCGGGAGAAUGGCGUUGGAUUGAUGGUUGCAUGCUGAUUCGGAUAUUAUACUUUUAUGGUUUGUAAACUUCAUAGACAGGCGUAUGUCCUUAACCGCGAAGUGAAUACAAGAGUGUACCAAUCUG